CAGGCAGGCGUGGUGACCGUCUCCAAAGUCCAGUGUUUUACGUACUGUUACAAUUCACUUCCUGUGCCUGGUCAGUGCUGUCCAGUGUGUCAAGGUGCUAUUUAAAAAAAAAAAAAAACUUCAUUCUAUCCUGCAAAGGGGAGGGGGGGGGGAUCAGUGAACUAAUAUCCUUAUAUUCAACAAACAAUAGGAAUUUAACAUUGUUUAAGAAAACAGAGUGUAUCUCUAAGGACUAGGUAAUAAUGCAAACACUAGCACUUGAAAAAGUAGUCAGUGUUUUAUUCACUGGAUACAGUCUUUUGUCAUUUGCCAGUGGGUCCCUUACAUCCUUCAGUUUCUUGGUGCACAUAGAAAUUUGAUAACAACACAAAAAGUUGCUGAUAACUUGCCAACAGACUGUCAACAAGCGGUGCCUUAAGACAGCUAGUUUAACAUGGUUACUUGGUUUUCUUCUCCAGGUUGUUAUUUUCGCGGGAAGACAUACAAUGAAUCGGAAACCUUUAAAUUGCCAACUGAUGUCUGUACGACUUGUGUUUGUAAGGUAUGUCACCUGUUUGUGCGACUUGUGUUUGUAAGGUAUGUCACCUGUUUGUACGACUUGUGUUUGUAAGGUAUGCCAUCUGUCAGUACGACUUGUGUUUGUAAUAGUAUAUCCCCCUCCCUGUAUGCACCUUUGUACAAAACUUGCUAAUGCCACCUCCCCCUCCCCUCAGAGGGUAGGUCAUAUGGUGGUCACCGAUAGGGUGGUCUCUUACAUUUAUCCUGAACAGACUGUACUGUCAGUGUAAAGAUCCAAUUUUAACUUGACCCAUUUUUUAUCCCAAGCACUGUCUUUGAUUUCUUUGAUAGAACGGAAACAUCGCAUGUGAACGUGAGCAGUGCCCAGUCCUCAACUGUAAAUCAGAUUACAUUUACCAGCCCAAGAAUGAGUGCUGUCCCAAAUGUCGAGGUCAGUCCCUAAUUUAUCAGACAAGGGGUCGUUUGCAAAUUACGUCAUGCUCAGGGGGGGAGGGGGGGUCAGAGAAUUUGUGACACUUUGUGACGUGGGGUGGGGGAAGGGGAGGGAGUCAAAAAUUGUGACUCCCAUUUUUUUUUUUUUCCCAAAUCUAAAAUUCUAGUUUUGAAAAAUCUUUAUUCAAUUAAUUUAAAAACAUUAAUUUGAGGUCGACAUUGCCUCUGUUAUUAUUGGUACCGUGAACCUCAGUCCCCAUAUAAAAAAAUAAUGCAAAAACUGUUGUGGCCAUUUUACGUUUGGCUCGGGGAGAACUUCGUUGUUUUAAGUCACAGUUUUUCUUAUAAUACUACAUCUUAAUCCAUUAUGUGAAAAUAUUAGAGAAUAAAAUCUUAUUUUAGUUAUGAAAAUUGUGUGUAUGUUUUGAAUUCUUUUAGGUGUGACGUGACACUAAGGGAGGGGGUGAAAGAAUUUGUGACAGGGGAGGGGGGUCUGAAAGGGUCAUUUUUUGCAUGACGUAAUUUGCGAACGACCCCUAAACUCUUGUUAUUUGGUUCAGGUGUGUGUCCAUCCUCUCUCCGGGGACAAAUUAUUAAAAUAACAGCUGCUACCACUUUUUAUGCAUGUGUUAGUUUAUUGUUAAUGCUUUUAUUUGUUAAUAAAUGUUGACAUUCUAUGUGCAAUAAAACUCUUUUUAUGUUCAAAGAAUGUCUACAGCUUUCACAUCUUGUAGUACGAUGUUAAGAUGUAAAUGUAUUAUAUAUUAUAUUUAAUAAAAAUGAAAUUUUGAUGUAUGAUUUCUCCCAUUGCAGGAACUCGCACAGUUUUUGACCCAAAGGGUUGUCUGUUCGCUGACAGAGUGUACAACAAAGAUGAGAGAUUCACACCACAUCAGUGUGCUAAAUGUCUGUGCCGUAGGGUGAGUGACUUCUUUAAUGUGCUAAAUGUCUGUGUAAUAUGACGUAGUGUCAAAAAAUAGGAAUUGUUUGAGCUAGAAGUGGUACAUUUAAUAAGUUUAAUAUAUCUUUGAACCACCAAGAUGUCUCUGGACAAAGAUUAAGACCCCUGAUGUAAUGACAUGUAGCCUUGAUGUAAUGACAUGUAAUUCUGGUGUAAUGACAUGCAGCCUUGAGGUAAGUACAUGAAGACCUGAUGUAAUGACAUGUAGCCUUGAUGUAAUACCAUGAAGCCUUGAUGUAAUGCCAUGUAGCCAUGGUGUAAUGCCAUGUAGCCCUGAUUUAAAGACACGUGGCCCUGAUGUAACAAAAGUAGUCUGGCUAAUAGAUUUAUAUCUUACUUCUGUACAUUAUUUCAGAGGAGGACGGCUGUGUGUGAAACUGAGACGUGUCCAAGCUUGGACUGUCUGGCAGAGGACAGGCUACCCAUGAACAGUUCCAGUUGUUGUAUGAAGUGUAAAGAAAAGAAAGACUGUACCUUUGAGGGCACCUCCUACAAGGUAUGUUGGCCAUUGAAGCUGUUGUAUUUAAGUAGUACAUCACAAUUGUUGUGAUAUAAGUAGUAGGCCUACAUCAUCAGUGCUGUGAUAUAAGUAGUAUAACAUCAUUUCUGUGAUGUAAGCAGUAUAUCCUUAUUUGGGUGAUGUAAGUAGUAAAUCAUUAUUUCUGUGAUACAAGUAGUAUAUCAUUAUUUCAAUGAUAUAAUUAGUAUAUCGUCAGUGCUAUAAUAUACUAAUUUUUCUGUAAAUGUUUCCCAAACAUCACACUGCAAAGGUCUUGCCUAAUGUUUGAAAUGGUAUCCCAAACAGCAUAGUGAAGAGUGGCGGCCAAAUGUUUGCAUGCAGUGUACUUGUGACAACGGCGUGACAUACUGUCAAAGAGAAAAGUGCAGCAACUCUCUGUGGUGCCCUCAAGGGUUCAAGCUCUUGCUGACUGAGGCAGAAUGCUGCCCCAAAUGUAUUGAACGUAUGUAAUUUGUUGUCAUCUAUUUUUGGACUUCCCACCUAUGACCUUUAACCAAAAGUCUGGUUGUAGUAGAUUUUUAUGGGGUACCGUAUGUAUGAAUGACAGCUUUGUGUUUUGCAGCCCUGCUGUUAAGAAGCCUUUUAUUUUACAGCCUCAUGCUAAACAGCAUUUCCCUUUACUGCCCCAUAUUUGACAGCAUUUGAUCUGAUACUCCAUUGACUUUGUUUGACAGCCCUUUUUUAAUAAAAGCACACAUGUGUUGUUUCGGUCCCACACAGAUGAAGCUGUGUGCUCAGUGUUUGGAGAUCCACACUACCGAACUUUUGACGGACUGAUGUACAGUUUCCAAGGCACCUGCAAGUAUGUCCUGGCACAGGACUGCUCUAACAAGGACUUCCUCAUCAAGGUCAGGAACGGUGUGAGGUUCACCUCAGGCUACGCCUGGACACAGAUGCUUGUCGUGUUUGUCUACAAGCACAGGAUCUCCAUGCUGCAGAAGUCCGUUGUCAAAGUUGACAAGCAUCGCGCCGUCCUCCCUUACACCCAACCCGGAAAGUUUUCCAUUAUCAAAGAUGGCGAGCUGGUCAGGAUGAAAACAAACCUCGGGCUGGAGGUGACCUGGGAUGGGGACAGCUUCCUGGAGGUUACCGUGACGACCAAGUACAAGCACAAGCUGUGUGGUCUUUGUGGCAACUACAAUGGGAUCAAAUCAGAUGACCUGAUUGGUCAAGAUGGUACGAUGUACAUGACUGGAGAUGACUACGGGCAUUCCUGGAGAGUGGGCAGCAGCCGUGCCUGUCAGCUCAAGCCCCAAUUUAUUGAGGUCAAGUCUCCGUGUGAUAAGAAUCCAGUUGCCCGCCAACGGUCACAAUCUGUGUGCAGCAUUUUCUACAGCCGAGAGUUUUCAAAGUGCAGGCAAAAAAUCCCAGCGGAUGACUACGUUGGGUGAGUGAAAUAAACCUUUAAAAUAUUUUUACAUCUCAUCCACUUUUAAAAAUUUCAUUAAAGUGUUUUAAUUUGACAUUUCUUUGAGGGACGAUUGAGGUCUCUUUGAGGGACCAUUGAGGUCUCUUUGAGGGACCAUUGAGGUCUCUUUGAGGGACCAUUGAGGUCUCUUUGAGGGCUGAUCUGCAGUCAAACCACUUAAAACCAUCAUAAAAAAAAAAACACUUCAGAAUUUUUUUUAUCCCACAUGGCUAUCAACAUGUUUUAGUUUUAGAAAUUAGGAUACAUGUGACAAUUAAAACAAUUAGCAGGAGCCAUUUAAAAGGGAUUGGAUUAUUCAAUUUUAAUAAGUCAAACAUUUGUUCUGAACAUGCCUUUGUACACAUUAGAUAAUAUAUUUUAUACAUUGUAUCUUGUAAAUGAAUUUACUGACUGAAGUAAUUGUCGCAAGUCUUUGUGUAUUUUGUUAUAUUUAUACAGUUGAGUAUUAGUAUGAGUUUAUGACAUUGAUUCAAAUUAAAUUUCUAUCUUAUUGAGUCACUGAAAAAUGUGGCUGUGUAUUGUAGUCUUGUUAGUCCACUGAAUUGAAGAGAGUGUCUUUACCUGGGUUAAAAAAAUCUCUUCACUCUGCCCUACAGUUCUUGUAUUACUGACAUGUGUGACUGUCCAGAUGGUCGAUACUGCGCUUGUGAAGCAAUUAUGGCCUUCAUUAGCCAGUGCUCGAGGUCAGGGAUCAAGGUGAAAUGGGACAAGUCACUAAACUGUCAAGGUCAGGGCUGAAAAGGUUUAAAAUGUUCCAUUUUGUCUCCUAAAUAUUGACAUUAAUUUAGUUAUUAAUGUUCAAAUAAUACUAGCCUAAAAUUAAUAUUGAAUUUCUUAUAUUACGUUAAAAUUAUGGUAUAAUUAACUCUUGUAUUAAUGGCUGAAGCCUAGCAUAUAUAUUAAUUAAUAGAAAAAUUGUUCGACUUCAUGGUAUUCACAUUGUUAGAAUAAAUGCUAUAUAUAACACUGGCCAACACAAAAUUUGGUGCCUCAGUUGUCAUGGUGAAAUCUUUCACUUCACUCUUCACUUAAAGCACCAAUCUAAGUGAUUACAAUGACAAAAAUUCACAGCGAUUAGAAAUAAAGACGGGAAAAUGUUUCAAUUCCAUUCAUUGAUUUUAUGAUGGUUUAUACCUGUUCUGUGCUGUGUGGACCAUCACAAUCCCAACUGUCAGUUUCUAUAAGUCAACAUUCAAUGCGCACUGAAGGAUUGAUUUAAAGUAUUUACCAACCUGUUAUCAGGCAGGCCGCCUAGAUUUAUAUAUAUUUACAACAGAAUGAUUCCAUCUUGUGUUAUGAAAGCUUAAUUGUUAACAUGUUUCCUCCGACCACCAUGAUACCCUCCGAGGCCAAAUUUUCUUGCCUGGCUCUACUAUUAUCCCAAAAGACAUGCAAAGAAAUGAAUUGGGGGGGGUUGUCUUUUUCAAAUUACCCAAAGGUGUAGUUUUUUAAAAUAGUAAUUUAUCUUUCAAAGACUAAAGAAAUGCUGUGUAAUCUUUUUUUGAUUGGAUUGGAGACAGAGCCCUUUUUUCGCCAUGUAUUAAAAGACAUGAUCAUGAUUUGACAUUUGAAUAUUUUGCAGUAAUAAUUUCAUCCCUUGAACUUAUCAAUUUGAUGGCAAUGUUUAUUAGAUAAAAGAAGUAGACAAUUUGAUGGAUUACCCAGUUGUAGAUGUUUACACCUUGUCACCUGUGUGAAAUUAAGUGAACCUCAUCUUUACUCUUAACCUGUUGAUUAUUACAGGGCUAGAUUCUUGCCCUGCCAAUUCCAACCGUAUUGCGUGCGGAGAGAUCUGUGAGAGGAC